GGCACACACACACACACAGUUAUAUGCGUGUGUAUAUGUAAUUAGGGUUUUUAAUUUUUGGCCACUACUACUAAUUAAUGGAGGCACAAGUGCUUCCAAAAGUGCUUUCCCGCCACUUGUAACAUACGAAACCAGACCCCCAAAACAAAACCCCUCCCAUUCUUUCCUUAACGGCCGUUUUCUGGAAGCACUUAAUGGUUCUUGAAAGUGUUGCGAUUGUUUCCAAAUCGACUCAACACUACAGACCCUGCUUUCAAUAGUUUACUUAGAUAUAUAUAUCGAUGUGUAUCUAUACAUAUCUGUCUAUAUAUAGAAGUGAAGAUGAGGCAGGCGAGUGUGUUGAUUGCGAACCAAAGUGCGGUGAAUUCGGCCGAUUUAGAAGGGCAAAUGAAUCCAGGAAUGGGGAAAAAGAGAACACAAGCUAAAUCAAAAAAUUCAAGUGCUGAUGCUAAUAGAGCAGAUCCUAAUAUUGAAGUGGCCACAAAACAGAACCAAAAGCGAAUAAGCUCUGAGAGCAUUGACAAUGUUGGUUCUCGGAAAAUGCCAAAGCGAGCUACUUCCUGCAUUGAUUAUAAGCAUAAGUCAGUGCGCUUGUCUGAAAAAUCUAUGGUCGUUGGAACUAAAAAGGAACAAGCAGUGGAAGAUGAAUUAGAAGCUAUAAGUUUGACAACUAGUGGGGAUGAUUCGCGGCCAAAUAGAAGAUUGACAGAUUUUAUCUUCCAUGAUGCAAAUGGAACACCACAGCCUGUAGAAAUGUUGGAAGUGAGUGAUAUAUUUGUUUCUGGUCUCAUCUUACCCUUGGAGGAAAGUUCUGACAAGGAAAAGGAAAAGGGGGUCAGAUGCGAAAGCUUUGGACGAAUAGAAUCUUGGGCUAUAUCUGGGUAUGAAGAUGGCUCACCCGUCAUAUGGAUCUCCACAGAUAUUGCCGAUUAUGAUUGCAUUAAGCCUGCCAGUAAUUACAAAAACUUGUACGGCCUUUUCUUAGGAAAGGCUCGUGCAUGUGUUGAAAUCUACAAAAGGCUAUCAAAAUCUUCUGGAGUCGACUCUGAUCUGACUCUUGAUGAAUUAAUUGCAGGAGUUGUGCGGUCAAUGAGUGGUAGCAAGCAUUUUCCUAGUGGUAUGUCAAUUAAGGAGUUCAUUAUUUCACAGGGUGAGUUUAUUUUUAAUCAAUUGAUUGGCUUGGAAGAGACUUCCAAGAAAAAUGAUCAGGUCUUUGGUGAAUUGCCUGUGCUUGCUGCUCUUAGGGAUGAGAGUAAGAAAUAUCUGAGUUUUGCACCUGAAAAGAGGAAUCCUUCUGGAGGAGUGAAGAAUACAAAUUUGAAAAUUGGGGAUGGGGAGAAAGAAAAUCAGUCCUGUGAACCCAAUCAUGCAGACAAGGAAGAUGAAGAUAUGAAAUUGGCUCGGUUGUUGCAAGAAAAUGAAAACUGGCAAUUACUGAGACAGAAGAAAAGGCAGCGUCCAGUGACUUCAACAAACCAAUGUUACAUCAAGAUUAAUGAAGAUGAGAUUGCAAAUGAUUAUCCACUUCCUGCAUUUUACAAAACUGCAGUUCUAGAAACUGAUGAGUACAUUAUCUUUGACAGCGAUAUAGAUACAACCAAUCCUGAUGAACUUCCUCGGAGCAUGCUCCAUAACUGGUCGCUUUACAAUUCGGACUCUCGGUUGGUUUCUUUGGAGCUUCUCCCAAUGAAACCCUGCGCAGAUAUUGACGUGACAAUUUAUGGGUCAGGGAUUAUGACAGCUGAUGAUGGAAGUGGAUUUUAUCUUGAUGCUGACUCUAACCUACCUUCUUCUAGUUCUGCUGCAGCACAGAAUAUGGAUGGUAUUCCAAUUUACUUGAGCGCAAUAAAGGAAUGGAUGAUUGAAUUUGGAGCAUCAAUGGUCUUUAUUUCAAUCCGAACUGAUAUGGCCUGGUAUAGGCUUGGAAAGCCAUCAAAGCAGUAUGCUCCAUGGUAUGAACCAGUUUUGAAGACAGCAAGGCUUGCAAUUAGCAUCAUUACAUUGCUAAAGGAGCAAAGCCGAGUAUCACGACUUUCCUUCUCACAUAUCAUUAAGAGAUUAUGUGAAUUUGACAAGGAUCACCCUGCUUACAUUUCUUCAAAUUCUUCGGUAGUGGAAAGGUAUGUGGUAGUUCAUGGACAGAUUAUACUGCAGCAAUUUGCAGAGUAUCCUGAUGAUACCAUUAGGAAGUGUGCUUUUGUGAGUGGGCUUAAUGAUAAAAUGGAGGAAAUGCAUCAUACCAAGUGGCAAGUGAAGAAAAAACUGGUGCUGAAGAAGGAAGCGAAUUUGAAUCCAAGAGCAGCAAUGGCACCUGUGGUCUCAAUGAGGAAGGCAAUGCCGGCUACGACAACAAGACUGAUAAAUAAAAUUUGGGGAGAGUUUUAUUCAAAUUACUUGUCAGAAGAUUCAAAUCAGAAAGAUACUUGUGAAAUGAAGGAAGAUGAAGAAGUUCAGGAGGAACAGGAAGAAGAUGAAGAGGAAAAUUUGGAAGAGGUUGAAGAAGAAAAGUCCCUAAUUGUUGAAGAAACUGAGAAACCUCAGGUGGCAUUAAAACAAACAAAACCAUGUUGCUCAAACAACCAGAUUAGAUGGGAUGGGGAGGCGGUAGGAAGAACAUGUCACGGUGAGGCUCUUUAUAAACAGGCUAUUGUUCGUGGAGAUGUGGUUACUGUAGGUGGUUCUGUGCUGGUGGAAACAGCCAACUCAGAUAAAUCUCCCUCCAUCUAUUUUGUAGAAUAUAUGUUUGAAAACUCAGCAGCAAGAAAAAUGGUUCAUGGCAGAGUAAUGCUGAGAGCAUUUCAGACUGUCCUUGGCAACACUGCUAAUGAGAGGGAGGUAUUUCUAACAAAUGAUUGUGUGGAUUUUGAACUGGGUGAUGUUAUACAAACUGUGGUUGUGGAAGACCGAUUGAUAGCUUGGGGUCAUCAAUAUCGCAAGGUGAAUGCCAAUAAUAAUAAGAUUGACCGGGCAAGAGCAGAGGAUAGGAAAAGUAGAGGAUUGCCCAUGGAAUACUUUUGUAAAUGCUUGUACUGGCCUGAGAAAGGUGCUUUCUUUUGUCUUCAAACUAAUUCAAUGGGCCUUGGUACUGGGAUUUGCCACUCUUGCAAAAUAAAGAAAAUGGAAAGAGAGAAUAAGGCCUUGAAGGUGAAUUCUUCCAUGACUGGUUUUACACACAAUGGAAUUGAGUACUGUGUUCAUGACUUUGUCUAUCUAGGUCCUCAUCACUUUGCAGCAGAUGAGAAGGAUAAUGAAACUUUUAAGAGUGGGAGGAACGUGGGGCUGAAAGCUUAUGUUGUUUGUCAUUUGCUGGAGAUUGAAGUGGAUAAGGAUGCUAAAAAAGCCGAUUCUGAAACAAUGGGUGUUAAAGUUAGGAGGUUUUUCAGACCAGAGGACAUUUCUGCAGAGAAAGCAUACCAUUCUGACAUAAGAGAGGUUUAUUACAGUGAACAAAUACUUUCGGUGCCUAUAAUAGCUGUAGAAGGGAAGUGUGAGGUUAGAAGAAAGCAAGAUCUUCCACCUUUGCAUCCUGCAACUUUUGAGCAUAUUUUCUUUUGUGAACAUUUGUUUGACCCCAAUAAUGGAGCUAUCAAACAGUUGCCAGCUCACAUUAAAUUAAGUCCCUCAAAAGAAUGGGUGGUAGACGUUACUGUUAAUAGAAAGAAAAAGGGGAAGAUGAAAGAAGGAGAAAAUGGUUUUGAUGCUAUUGACAGACAAGAGGAUGCAUCUCAGACAAAUCGCCUGGCCACACUUGACAUUUUUGCCGGUUGUGGCGGCUUAUCUGAAGGUUUACAGCAAUCAGGUGUGUCACUUACCAAGUGGGCAAUUGAAUAUGAAGAUGCUGCAGGCGAAGCUUUUGGCCUCAAUCAUCCAGAGGCAUUGACAUUCAUUAAUAAUUGCAAUGUGAUUUUAAGGGCUAUCAUGACAGCAUGUGGGGAUGCAGAUGAAUGUAUUUCCACUUCUGAUGCUGCUGAAUUAGCUGCAAAGCUUGAUGAGAAGGAGAUCAAUAAUUUGCCUCGGCCUGGGCAAGUUGAUUUUAUCAAUGGAGGUCCUCCAUGUCAGGGAUUUUCUGGAAUGAAUAGGUUUAAUCAGAGUACUUGGAGUAAGGUUCAAUGUGAAAUGAUCCUCGCUUUUUUAUCUUUUGUUGAUUACUUUCGGCCGAAGUUUUUCCUCUUAGAAAAUGUGAGGAACUUUGUAUCAUUCAACAAAGGACAGACCUUCCGGUUAACUCUAGCUUCGCUCCUUGAGAUGGGAUAUCAGGUGAGAUUCGGUAUUUUGGAAGCUGGAGCCUACGGUGUUUCUCAAUCUCGUAAACGUGCAUUCAUAUGGGCAGCCUCACCUGAAGAGACUCUCCCUGAAUGGCCCGAGCCAAUGCAUGUCUUUGCCGGUCCAGAGCUUAAGGUUACAUUAAAUGGAAAUACCCAAUAUGCUGCUGUUCGAAGUACUUCAACUGGUGCCCCUUUCCGCGCAAUAACUGUGCGAGAUACAAUUGCAGAUCUUCCAUCUGUUAGAAAUGGGGCUUCAGCAUCAACCAUGGAGUACAAAGAUGAACCCAUUUCUUGGUUCCAAAAGAAAAUCCGAGGAGAUAUGCUGGUGUUAACUGAUCAUAUAUCAAAAGAAAUGAAUGAGCUCAAUCUUAUUCGGUGCCAGAGAAUUCCUAAACGGCCUGGUGCCGAUUGGCGUGAUCUCCCUGAUGAAAAGGUUAAGUUGUCUACAGGACAAGUGGUUGAUCUAAUACCCUGGUGCUUGCCUAACACAUCCAAAAGGCACAAUCAAUGGAAGGGCCUGUUUGGAAGGUUGGACUGGGAAGGGAACUUCCCAACUUCUGUUACUGAUCCUCAACCGAUGGGCAAGGUCGGGAUGUGCUUUCACCCUGAACAGGAUAGAAUACUCACAGUCCGGGAAUGUGCUCGAUCUCAAGGUUUUGCAGAUAGCUAUAAAUUUGCCGGUAACAUUCAACACAAGCAUAGGCAGGUUGGCAAUGCUGUCCCUCCUCCUCUGGCAUUUGCACUGGGGAGGAAACUUAAGGAAGCAGUAGAAGGAAAACGCUCAGCGUAGUGGGGCUGCUCUUAUGUGCACAGGGAUCUUUUGUUUUUGUUGGGUUGAUAUCUCAAGCCUUAUCAUUUUUGUAAAUCAAACCCUUAAAGAUUUUUCUUUUGUAAUUCUUUUUGUUGCCUAAGGCAACAAUGUCAUAGAGUUGGGUAUACAUAGGAGUUCGCCAAGCAUACCGCUCUUUUGUAGUAGAAAAAAAAACAAGGUAUGUCAUGACCGAAUGAAAUGGAAGGCAAUAUCAUAGAGCUGGGUAUAUAGAUAGUUCACCAAAUAUACCAUCUUUUGUAGGUACAUUUUGACAACUGAAAUCCAGGGAAUUGAAUGAAAUCGACAUAUGUUUCAUUUGUGGUUGUCUAAUAUUUUACGGACACCGUUUUGUAUAGUGUGACUAAAUGUAAUGACCAGAGUCAUGCUUAAUUAGAGAAAUCUCGUCAACUUCUCGGUAUGAUUUUCUUCUAGUGAAAUUUCCUCGACUUGUCGGUAUGAUUUUCUGGGUGUUUGGAAAACAGGAGUAUAUUGGCUUUUCCUUUCAACACGAAAGGCUUUCAUUGACUUAUUUUAUUUACAGGGCAUGUCAAGGCCAAGCAAUGAGCAGGUGAACCCAGACCCUAAGGGAUUUUGAACCUGAGUUAUUGAGAAAGUUGGUUUUUGCCAAAUAUGCGUCAUAUAAUUGCUGAAUGUAGGGAAUUUUAAAGCAAGCUUGGUGAAGAAACCAGUCUACUGAAUGUUGGAAAUUUUAAAGCAGGCAUGUAAUUAAACCACUCUUAAUACUCAUCUAUGCUCAAAAGGAGCCUUUAUGAAAAAGUUUUUUUUAGUAUCA